AUGCACGUCAACGAGCUUCCCUCUGAAGUGCUCGCCGCCGCCUUCGAACUCGGUGUCCUUACCACAGGCAUCCGUUUCCUUCCACCAGUCUGCUUGGUUUGCAGAACUUGGUACCUGCUCAUCAAUGAAACCCCGCGUCUAUGGGGUAUAAUCGACGUUUCAAGGACGGCAAAACCGGACCUGUUACUCGCCCAAGUGGACAAAGCCAAAGCCGCGCCAUUGACCGUGUUCGUUUCGGAAACAUAUACUGUUUUGGGGAAGCGACGCAACUUCGAUGUUAUCGACAGGCUGUCAAACCUAUCCUGCAAUUGGAUCAAGGCGGAUGUCCCGCGGUGGGUGUUCAGCCAAAGGGAGUGGCCCACGGACUAUCCCAACCUCGAGGAGCUGGUCAUUUUUUCGGGGAGACUUGCCUUGCCCACGCAAUCUGAUUCCUCAUCUCAAUCGACCCCACCUUCCUCUAACAAGCUACGGUCCCUUGUCAUCGACGGCGUCACCAACAGCGGGCAAUUCCUGUCCCCAUCCAUCCAGGCGUUCACCUUGAAAGGUCGAGGCUCAUCCCCACCAGUCAGCGAUACUCUCGCUCAACUGUCCCAGAUCCCAAACGUCCGGCGGCUGAAGAUCGACGGCCUUUGCCAUCGCCCACAACUUCUCAAUCAAUCACUCACCGUCACCUUGGCGCACUUGAGGGAGAUGGAGCUCACAGGCCUCCGUUACCUGAGUAUACUCUUAUUAUAUCUGGCCGCUCCAAACCUUCACGUCCUGACUAUCGACAACACUUCGAUUCGUAACCACCGCCCGUGGUGGUGGAUGAAUCAACCUGGUUUGGAUAACGGUCCCGAUCAAGAGUGGACAUUGCUGACACCCUUUUUCACGCAAUGGUGCGAACCGAGAUUCACUCCAUCCAAUCUCCAUACCCUCAAGUUGGUGAAUUGCCUCAUUCCCUCCGACCUUCCUUUCCUUGUGCGUUUCCUCGCCCGCACCCCUAACCUUGUUCGGUUAAUCCUCGUCGACGAGGUAAUCGCUGGGAUCCCGUCAGCCCUUUCUGGUCUAGAAGAAAGCGACGAAGGCGGUAGGGCAGGGAUACUGGACGCCUUGAAGUCACCAACCGCUGCAAUGAGCGCUGGUGGCGGCUGGCUCUGCCCUUCCCUCAUGGUAUUGCAUAUCGAAUCAAAGGAGUUGGAAACGAAGGACUUGAUCGACGUCGCGGCAAUACGCGGGGUUCGCUCCCCUGUCGACUGCGGGCUGAGCCAGUCUGCUCCCAAGAAGCUGCGAACGAUCACGGGGUUUAUCUGUGCGGGUGCAGAGGGAGAAUUGGCACGCCUGGAAAGCCUGGUCGACACUGCAUGCUGCACAUGCCUUGGAUGUGACAUGAACACGUUGGCUCGUGAGUGA